AUGUUAGAGUCAGGACCCCUCCCCCACCGGAAGUCAGCCCCAGGGCGCGGAGACAACGGCCCCAACGGCCCGGCCCGCCGCCGCGCUGGGCGGCUCGCGCCCGGCGCCCCACACGCCCUCUGCGCCUGGCUGCACGGGCUCCCGCUCGGCCGCCCCAGGCGCCCCCUGGCCCGGGACUUCGGCGACGGCGUGAUGCUGGCGGAGAUGGAAGCACUUCUGCCACGGCUUGUGGAUCUGCUCAACUACGUCCCUGCCUGCAACGCGGACGGGGCUCUUUCACAGCUGCGUUUGUGGGUCUCAGAAACGGAAAUCCGAAGGGUGGUGGCCAACACGCCCUGGGCCAUCAAGCCCAUCUUGUGUGCACUGAGGGAAAAGGUGAAGGAUGGCGCUGUCCAGCAAGCCUCAAAACCUUCACAGGACCCAGGACCCACCAGUGCUAAUGCUGACAGGCCAUGGGCAGAGCUCACCACCCUGGCACACACCGACCUGCUGCACCCCACGGCACCCUCCAGUGCAAAGACCCUCCGGAGUCCGAGGACUCCAGAGAAGACAGGCCCCUGUCUCCUGAUCGGUCGGGACCCAGCCGGUGGGUGCUGGGAGCACCUGGACCCCGGGCUGCAGCAGCUACUGGAGGAAAAGGAGCAGGCUCUGGCCGUGCUGCCGGAGAUGGUCAAGCUGGAAAGUGAUAACAUCGUGUGGUUGGGAUUUGCUGAAGGCAGCAGAGAGGAAGUGAUAAGCAGCAAUGGGGCUGAGGUCACGGUCAUGCCCACGCCUGUGGCACUGGGCCACGUGCCAGCAGAGCUCAUCGUAACUGUUUCGCUUACCAAACCCGGAGGGGAGCACAGCUCCACCUGCCGCUCGACGUGGACAGGGUGCUGCCUUUCAGUCAUGUAUGUUCUCCUGAAGAUUUUGCAGAUGAAGGUGGUCAGGCUGGAGCACCUGGUAAAGCUGAAGGACCAGCAGAUCGGAGAGCUGAUGAGACCUGGGGACAAGUCCCAGUGA